AUGAUUCCAUCCAAGGUCACGACACCGUCUUCUUCCUUAGUUCCCGGUGACUCGGACGCUUGGGGCCUACUUGGUCUCAGGUUUAGCCUGCGUGAAAAGGCUACAGCUACAACAAUUGGGAAGAUAUGCGGAUCAAUCAUCACAAGAACUCAAUACACCAGCCUAUUCGAUGCAGCACAGGCUGGAUUCAAUCUGACUUCCGAACGACUUCCACCCUGGCUUCAGGAUUUGGAUUUCGUCAGAUCUACCACAGUUCUAGGGGAAAACAUGAGGCGAAUUAGACUUGACCAGACAAUGAAAGACGUGGACAAGUACAAGCUCUCAGGACUAGCUACCUUUGUCGUCCUCUGUUCCAAAUACGGCGAAGACAUCCAGAACAUCACGAGAAUGAUCAACUUACUUCUGAUCGGAAGCCUUGGGACGGUCAUCAGCCCACCGGACCCCGACCAGCGUCCAAACUUGCCCUACAGCUUCAAGCCACAUGUCAACGGAUUUAUUACAUCAUGUUUGGAUGCGGACCGCGAGUCCGACAUCUCUCGAGAGGUUAUGUCACAGUUGGCUGAGCUACACCUGUUUGGCGAUCUAGUCAGAGUUAAUGGGCUGGAUGGUCUCGAGAGGCGACGGCAGGCUAGUCUCGAUUUGAUGGGAGAGCUUCUCGGGGCACCAUCUCCAGAGGACACUAUGAAGAAUCCACAAGGUUGGGCACGAGUCCAUGACACUCUGCACCUCACUUCUGCAUACAUGGCCAUAGCGGCGGCUGCACACGGAGCCAACGUAAUGGUAGAGUGCAUAUCUCAUCAAGGGUCAAAGUUUCUUCCAAAACCCCUGACAACGGUCGUACGUCACAAAACCUUUCUUCUCCGGCUAUGGCUCAUUCAGCCACCGGAAGAUGUACUUGGAAUCAUGCGAUAUUCCAGCUCAAACACAACCUCCACGUGGCAAGAUAGAAACGAGGACCGCUUUGGUAGAGACCCAGACAACCUGGCGCCCACCAUCUUUGGGGGGCAGCUAGAGCUUGCUAUCUGUUUUGCGAGAUACUUGGGCUUUCAACAUCAGAAUCAUAUGGUCAAAGAGAACGAGGAGUUGCUAGAAUUAUGGUCGAGGGCAUCCGAGUGUGCUAGUCAUUACCGCUGGAUCGUCCAGGAGACAAAUGUGAAGCGGUCAACUGUCCGUUUAACUCUCUUUAGGCCGGACAAAGAUAAGCCAAUCUCUCCUGUAGCUGCGACGCUAUGCAACUAUCUCAAGCCUGAUAGACGUCUCAAUUCAAUCUCCCGUACGGUGGCGGCGCUCGUGCAUGAAUAUUACCAGUUUUCAGACUACUCAUCCUUCUCUAGUAAGGAGGGAGAGUCUCAAAUGACCAAAGCCAUGUACUUGGUAUUAUUGGCCAUGGCCGUCCAAAUUUUACGCAACACCAUUAAUCCCAAUAGCGAUAGUCCAGACAGCUACGCGUUGAAUGUCGGAACGCUUGAUGCCAACAAAACGGGUCUACAAACCCUCAUGAGAAUGGCAGUUUCAGAAGAAGGGGUAAGCCCAUCCAUGUUGGUCCAUACUGCGGCUAGUGUCUGGGGCGGACUGAAUCCCGCGACGUACCAUUUGGCCCGUCCAGGAGAGGCUGCACUUGGAGUGGUUGCUCCGCACUGCUGCGUUCUUCUGGAUAUGAUCCGUGAUCCUUUAGAAUUUGCAAGGAAAGGUACAUCUGGGUACUUACUUUCUAUAUGGCGCGGCGCGGUUCCUAUGCUCCCCAGGGAUCCCAACACCAACCUUGUCAGCGGGUACGACGACACGAACUCUCACCCUUUCCAGUUGACACCAUCUUUCGAGCCCGUCGAGGAGGCAUAUCAGAAGCUGUUUUCAAGCAUAUUAAUAACAUUUGAACCGCACGUUAACAAACCAACCUGCGGGGUGUUUUGCGUUUGGUACGGAGGAUUCCUCGUCACCGAAGUCCAUCCCGAGAAUAUAAUGAGCGGGUUACUCAAAUGUUCGCACGCAACAGCUACCACCUCAGGCCUAUCUGGCAGUAGUACUAAGAGUACCAAUACAUCAAGAAAAUGUAUAAUAUUAUCCAAGGCAGAUCUACUUCAUACUAAGCACUUCACGGUUACCAACGAGCUUUCCGUCAUCAUCAAGACAAUUGAUGAUCCUGCCUGGCUCAUUUUCGCGGCUGGAUGUAGUACUCGUAUUCCGGACACUAUCUUUCGCGAAUGCAAUGACGAAUUGUUGGUUAUAAAAGAUGUCAAAGAGAAGUGUCGUGGUGGAGAGACUGUGAUUCUCAAGAAGCUAUCUAACAAUGAUGGUUAA